UUCAUUAGUCAAAAAGCGUGGGCGGGACUCUUGCUCUCUGCAGCGAGUCAAAGAGAAAGGCAAUAAAGGGAGACAGGAGCUGCACUUUGCCGACGAGCAUCUCUGCCGUCCUGCUACACUACAGUAUUCACUUCCCCCGGAUCUGCGAAAACAUACACAGGGACUUCUCUGGAAAAAGGCAGAGUUCAUCAAUGUAACUCCGGUCAGUCCGAAGCUGCGCCGUUUACCUGGAUAAGUCCACCCCCCGACGAGCAGAGACAGAAAGAGAGGAAAGAGACUAGAGACAGACGCGAGUGGAGUGUCGACGCUGAAUUUGUGAAGGAAAAGAGAAGAAUAUGAUCGUCAAGCAGCACUUGAUCUUCAUCCUCUACAGCCUCUGUGCACACGUCUUUAAAGUGGCUGGGACAAAAAGCAAAGCGAAAGGUAGCCAAGGUCAGUUCCCCAUAACUCAGAAUGUGACGGUGGUGGAGGGGGCCACAGCCAACAUGACCUGUCGUGUGGAUUACAAUGAUAACACUUCCCUCCAGUGGUCAAACCCUGCACAACAGACCCUGUUCUUUGGGGACAAGAAAGCUCUGAGGGACCACAGAAUCGAGCUGGUGCGAGCCUCGUGGCAGGAGCUCACCAUCAGAAUCAGUGACGUCAGCCUGUCAGACGAGGGCCAGUACACCUGCUCGCUCUUCACCAUGCCUGUCAAGACCACCAAGGCCUUUCUCACUGUUCUGGGAGUGCCAGGGCGACCGGAGAUCACAGGAUUCACCAAGCCUGCAAUGGAGGGGGACGUAAUCACCCUGACGUGCACCACAUCGGGCAGCAAACCAGCCGCCAACAUCCGGUGGUUCCGAAAUGACAAGGAAGUCCAAGGCUCUACGAAGGUGAAUGCCACAGGAAAAUCCUUCACAGUGAGAAGCAGCCUCCAGUUCCAGGUGGACAGGCAGGACGAUGGCGUCGCCUACACUUGCAGUGUGGAGCACGUGUCUCUUACCAACCCCUACAUGACGACUGAAGUCCUGGAGGUCCACUAUGCUCCCCAUCUGGAGAUCACGCAUUCAUUGAUUAUUCCACAAGAAGGACAAUACCUAAAACUGGAGUGUGUUUCCAUAGGCAACCCGAUACCUGAACCGGUGCUGUGGUCCAAAGAUGGAGGAGAGCUGCCAGACAUCGAGCGUAUGAUUGUGGAGGGAAGGGAACUAACCAUCACCACACUAAACAAAACAGACAAUGGCACAUACCGCUGCGAGGCCAGCAACCACCUGGGGACCAGCAGUGCUGAAUAUAUACUGUUUGUAUAUGCCAAAGACUUUCCAGGGCCUACAACAGAUCCUAAUGCUUUAGGACAACACGGACCUGACCACGCUUUAAUCGGCGGUGUCGUUGCAGUCGUGGUCUUCAUCACCUUGUGUCUGAUAAUAGUUCUCGGACGAUAUCUGGCCAGACAUAAAGGGACGUAUCUAACACAUGAGGCCAAAGGAGCAGAGGACGCCCCCGACGCAGACACAGCCAUCAUCAAUGCUGAGGGAAACCAUGUGCAUGCAGAGGAAAAGAAAGAGUAUUUCAUUUAGACCUCUGUUCCUCUCUUCCUUCGUUUCAUGACAACUUUUGACAGCAGACAUGCAAUUUUAAGCUGCCUCAGCGUUACUACAUGGCCUGUUUUGCUUUACUUAUUAUUCUUUUGUCUUCUCCAGAAAGCUCAUGCUUGGAUAACUUGUUUUGAAAGCACUCGCUGACAAUAUAGCCUUCUCCUUUUGUAAUCAAUGUAAACCAUGUACAACUGGAUUAUUUCUGUUUCAGUUUUACGGUGCCUACAAGCUGUAUAUUUUUCUGCAUUUUCUUUCUUUAAAAUUCAGAAGCAACAGGAAAUGUGUUUCAACUCACCUUACGAGUCAAGUCUAUGCUUUUCAAAGUGUUUUGCUUUAAGAUCAAAAUGUGUUAAAUGCAUAAAUGUAUCAAACAUCAACAUUAGUAGACUCUUUUGAGGGAUUAAACAGUGGUUUUGUAUGUUGCCCGGGAUUUGCCCCACCAUGGCCGUGCUGCAUUUGUUCAAAAAAUCACAAAACAGACCAGACAAUUUGCCAAAACAAAACAUAGCAGCACAAUCUCUGUAACUGUCUCGAGAUGAAAUCAACUCCCUCUUAGCACUGUCUGUAUAUUUCUGCAUUGAUUUACUUUCAGUUUCCGCUCAUGCUGUUGAUUUGUACCAACAGAGAACCAGUUCGAAAAAUUAAAGCACAAAGUCUGAGGACUAACAAGGAGGGAAAACACAUGAACAGUUUCUUGUCUCAGGAUUCAAUUUGAGUCUAGAUGAAGAGAUGGUGUCAGACAUAUGAUGAAGAUUUGAGUACUCUUGCAGAUAUCGUCAUGGAUGAGAAAUUUUAAUUUUGGUUGGCGAUUUGAUGUUUAAUCCAAACUGAAUGUGUGGAACCUUGUGGGGGUUCAUUAUUUAUGUUGAAUUUGAUUGAACAACUAUGCUCAAUGUGUGGAUAUUGCUGUAACAUACUUUGCUAACGUGAAUAUUGGUGAACAAUAUUGUUGAAUCUUGGGAUCCCUGACAUAUUGCAAUUUGUAUAUUAGCAUAUACAGUAUUUAAAUUAUUCCAUGAGUCUUAAUUUUUUCCCAUUUAUCUAAAAAGCAGUUGUUUUGCCAGACGGCAUGUAAAUAAUGUGUAAUUAUUAAAUUUUAGUAAAUGAUAGAACACUAGUUAUAGCUUUUAAUUUCUGGUCAUGUCAUUUCCCGUCACUUUGAUGAGAUUGUUUUCAUACUUAUGAAGAUUUUUUCAAACAGGGAUUCUAAUGAAAUGCUUAUAAUGUAAAAGAAAAAAAAAGAAAAAAAAAUUAAAAGAAAAAAAAGA